GGACAGUGCCCAUGUGACCAACCCCGAACAGUUUCUUCGGACUCUAGGACCGGGGUCUCCGGAAGGUCGCUUCCGGUCCCUUUGGGCUGCUGAGGCGGGGCGUCCGUGAAGGGAAGGGCGCGCGCGAGCUCUCCGGGGCGGACCAUGAGCGGGGCUGGACCGGGGGCGAGGGGCCCCGUGAGCUUCGCCGAUGUGGCCGUGUACUUCUCCCCGGAGGAGUGGGGACGGCUGCGCCCCGCGCAGAGGGCUCUGUACAGGGACGUCAUGCGGGAGACCUACGGCCACCUGGGCGCGCUGGGUGAGGGGCGCGGCCGCGCGGGGCGGGGGAGGGGCGCACCCCCACGGGGCGUGUCUUGGGUGCUGCCAACUUUGUGUCUACCUUGCAGGUUUCCCAGGCCCCAAACCUGCCCUCAUCUGCUGGAUGGAUGAAGAGACGGAGCUCUGGGGUCCGGAUGCGCGGGACCCCGAGGAGGCGGAGGAGAGAGGAACGGAAAACUUGGGAGGACUCAGGAACAGGGCUGAGAAGUGGAAGAGAGAAGGGCCUGGAGUCCAAAAAGCUGAUGAAGCACAUAGGAAGAACAGUCUGUCAGUUGAGGCUCUGCCAGGCUCACACCAAGAACAAGGAGACUCUCCUUGUGCUGACUGUGGCAAGACUUUGCAUAAACACUCUAUCACUGCACUCCACCAAUGUAAUCCCAACCAGAAGCGGUCAUAUGUGUGUCCUGAUUGUGGACGCCAUUUUGCUUACCCCUAUUUACUGGUCAGCCACCAACGAAUGCAUUCUGGGGAGCGUCCCUAUCCUUGUGAUCAGUGUGAGGCACGAUUUUUCCAAAAGAAGUACCUUGUCCAACACCAACUAAUCCACACAGGUGAGAAGCCCUAUACGUGCCCUGAAUGUGGACGCUGUUUCAGGCAGAGAAGGUCCCUAGUCAUCCAUCAGCGUCGCACACACACAGGUGAGAAGCCCUAUUCCUGUCCUGACUGCAAGCGCCAGUUUGUCUAUCCGUAUCAACUGGCUACUCACCGUCGUACUCACACGGGGGAGAAACCAUACUCCUGUGCUGAGUGUGGUUGCCGCUUCACAUAUUCCUCCUUACUGAUAAGCCAUAGGCGUAUUCACUCUGAUGAAAGGCCCUUUCCCUGCCCUGAGUGUGGGAAGCGGUUCAAACGGAAGUAUGCCCUUGAAGCACAUCAGUGGAUCCAUCGUUCUGGUGCUGAGAUUUGGAGAAGCAUGCCAUCAGCAAGACAGUCUGCAGCAGAAUCCUCUGACCAGGGUGCCCGAGAUCCCCCUGUGCACUGCCGUUAUUACCCAGAUAUAUUCCAGGAAUGUGGGUGAAGAAAUCUGGGAGAGACGUGAAGAAGCUCACACCUGCAGGCUUGUAUGAGGUCAGGCCAUCUAUGUGUUGGGAGGGAGUUAUAGGAACUGAGGGUUUAAAGAGACAGGAGAUCUGGUAGAACUGCUGUGGGGAGUGUUUUGGAAACAGAAGGAGAUGGGGAAAAGGACUGAUGAUCUCCAUGAGGAGUUUAAGUUGGACAGCUGCUCAUAACAGAUCUAGUUCUGCUGGAUUAAGAUUGAGACUUCAGCCUUUUUGGCUUUUGGCACUGCUUACAGUGCCAAAUUGCUUUGAAAUCAAGAAGGGAGUCAAGUGUAGGUUCUACCCCCAGGGCUCUCAAAGGCUAGAAGGCAACCGUCCCUCCCCUACAGUUUUGCCAAAACUGUACACAGGUUUGGUUUUCUUUUAUAAGGUAUUGCCUUAUGAAAGACUUGUUAGGUGAUGUCCCACUCAGAGAUGGGAAUGCCCCGUGGCCAGUUAAUCUGUUUAGAUGAUCCAUGCACUCAACCCACAAAGUAGAAUGACUCUAGGCAGCUGGCUAGUCACCUUGAAGUUUGAACAUAAAAAAUCUCUGGUCCCUACCUUUUCCUUGAGAUGGGAGUGUCCUGCUGGUAUCCAUGUCCCAUUCUAGAAAAGAUGCUCCAUAUAUAACAUACCAAAUUUAUGAAACUAAGAAGGAGAAUGUCCAUUGUUUUAUGGCAGAGACCUAAGACAGUCUCUUCUUUUUAUUCUAAUUUCUGUCCCUCUGUUGUUUUUUUUUUCAACUCAAAACCUGAGUAUUAAGGCUGGAGAGUGGGGUGCCCCAUGUGUGGGGUAGCUAUAUAAUACCUUCGUCCUCGAUAUAGUACAUUUUCUUCCACUGGGAUAAAUAGAAUCUUAACUGAUUUAGACCUACCAUGGAAACAGACUUCUUUAUUAAUAGCUCUCUUUACAGUUAUCUCCAGUUACAAGCAACUCACAGAGCUCUUCUAAUCUGUAAUACAAUUGUUCCAUCACCAUAUUGACCUCCUUUCUCAUGGCAGGGAUGUACAAUUGUCUUUUUCUCUUUUUGCUCAACUUGCUGACCUUUUAUAUGUAUGUUUCUCUGUUCUUGCUCAGUUUCAUAAAAAUCUUUCUGGACUGUCCCUUACAAGUGCCUUAUUCGUAAUUGUCUUGACUAUUAAAUUAUUUUGUCUAUAUG